AUGGGCCCCUGUACCGCCUCCUCAUGCUGCUGCCAGGCCCCUAAUCUGCCAUGGGCCCCCUGUACCGCCUCCUCAUGCUGCUGCCAGGCCCCUAAUCUGCCAUGGGCCCCUGUACCGCCUCCUCACGCUGCUGCCAGGUCCACAGUGUGUCAUGGGUCCCUGUACGGCCUCCCAUUGCUGCUGUCUCCAUCGCCACACUCUGCCAUGUGCCACUUUCAGGUCUCCUCACACUGCUGGUGGGUUCCAUUUUGUCAUAGGGUGCUGUAUGGCCUCCCAUUGCUGCUGCCUCCACCGCCACACUGUGGCUCCACACUCUGGUUUUGGCCCCGUGACUGGCCAAAUGAGUGAAGUGUGCGGUGAUUCUAAGAUCGACGGCACUCAUCUGCAUGUCAUACUGACUGACAGUAUUAUUUCUCUUCCCCAGCAGACUCCAAGGGCAUUUAAAUUAAAGGUACAGUGUUCUGCACUAAUAUAA